AUGUCAAAAAUCAACACCGUACCCCUAGACAUUUUAGGCUACAAGCCCACUCAUGUAUGCUCAUUCCAGGAAUCUCCGAAUUGCGCUGAAGACCGGAAACUCGGAAUUCUUCAUCAAAUCGAACUCUACGAUGGCGCAAAAAUAGUUGUACGAGAACUCCAUACUACAACAAGAGAAUUUCUGGAUGAAAAUGACUACUACUGCUUCGACGCUGAAGGAAAGACUGUUCCACUACCACUACCAUCUGCAAUCUUUCUGUCGACAACACACAUUCUGGAACCUAACCCACGUUCAGUAUUCUGCUUGUACUCUUCAGCAGUAACAACAUUUGACACCGACACAACGUCAUUCAUCAUAAAAGCAUGGGGCACAACAACAAAGGAAUACUAUCCUUACAGACAAGAUAAGGGCAUAUCCCUCAAUGUCUAUUCGAUACCAAAAUGCGUCCCAGGAGGAGUCUCAAUGGAAACUACCGAAACAUAUGACCGACUUGAGGUGUGUGUAGCGUCAAUCUGUAUCUAUGCUAAAAAAUAUAAAGCUGAUACAGCAAUAUUUUCCCCGUCAUCUUUCGCAAUGUUUCACCUCAACGGAUGGAUCAAAGGCAAACGCAGCUUCGCAACAACACUCUUCUGUCCCGGACAACCAAUAUGCGAAACGAUUCAUUGUCGAAUGUGCUGGCAAAAACUUUACAACGUCCAGUGUUGGUCAAUCACGGAAAUAGCCGCAUCUCUCAUAUUCGCAAUGGCAAUCAUGGUUAUGCUCCAUCUUUGCACUCCCAUCUUCAGGAUCAUCCGAUGGGCAUUCAAAAAAGGUACAUGCUUCUUCGUCAACAUUUUUAAAUCCAUGCUACUGAAGUUUAAAACACCUACGAAAAGGAAACAAACGUACAACGUUUCAACAGCCUCAUAUCAACCAAGAAGAAGAAAAAAGAAGCUUUAUGGAGUAAUAGCAACCGCAAUGCUGUUAACACCAGCUUCCCAGUGCUGCUCCGACAUUGUUUCCAUAAGAAGCGACACCGUUCACUGCACAGUAGUAAACGACAAAAACCAAGAAGCUUGUUUCCUACUCACAAACAGAGGCAAAGAGCCAAUGGGAACUAUUGCAAUACGACUCGAAAACAUCGCCGAUAUUUGCCAACAAAAAACGGAGUAUUUCACAAGGGAUCACCAGUUCUAUUCGGAAUCGCGUCAUCAAUGUUUGAAAACUGAAAGCUGCCAUGGAAACAUUUGCCGAAAAAUUACACCAAACACGAAGCUAAACGACUUCAGUAUCGUUUCAAACGCAAAUCCAGGGUACACAUUCUGUGUACCGAGUUGUAAGUGUUUAUGGUGUAAUUUCUUCUUCUACUGCGAAGACACAUGCCUCUUUUACCUAACAUUUUCCACUAUUUACAGAAUCCAUGGACAUUGCAGGUUGUAA